AUGGCUUCUCCGUCGUCACUCAGCACCCGCCUAGAAGACGAGUCAGAUUGGCAGUAUGGUCCUCGUCCCACCAAGCGAUACAAGCGAGCCUCAACGUCAGGUGCUUCGAAACCGUCCCCUCGCGAGAUCGGUUAUAUGAGGGAGCCCCAGGACGACGGCUCUGCCAGCUUUCUUGGGAGCUCCAGCGGGAUCCACUUUGUUCGGCAUGUAUAUAGCGCCUUUGCCCGCCGUUCAGCGGAUCUAAAGCAAACUAGAGCUCGGGAUAGGAGCUCAGUGCCAGGAGAAGAUGAUCGCUUGCUGCGCGACCCUGGUUACCAGGACACCAACGAGCUAUGGACCAAGGAGGAACUAAACCUUUCGCCUCCCGCUACCUUCUCCUUUGAGGAUCUUGUUCAUUGGACCCGUCGGUACUUCGAAAACUGGCAUCCGAUUUUCCCUUGUCUCCAUGCACCAACGGUUUUGAAGACUUUGGAGACGCUUGCUCGUCAUGGCUUGGACUCGCUCAAUAGACUGGACCUAAUGGUCAUCCGCUGUCUUGUUUCGAUAUCAAUGGCGGAUAGUCGACAAGUCCAGACUCCUGAAUCGGAAUUGGGGCCAAUCCCUGCCCCUUUGGUUUUCCAAAGUGUGCAGCACAUAAUGCAAGAGAUACAGAGCUUGCUAGCAGAGCCAACCACGCUCCCACUAUUGCAGGCUGCAUUUACCGCUCAGCUCACCAUAACAUCCCUACUACGUCUCAAUGCUGCCUCUCGCGUGGGUGGUAUCAUUACCCGAACUGCUUUUCACUUGGGUCUUCAUCGAUGCCCCGGCCGCUUUGCCUGCUUUAACAGUGAAGAGGCUGACAUCCGCCGGCGUCUGUUUUGGUCAAUAUACUCCCUUGAGCGGUAUUUAUCCCAAGCUCUUGGAGUACCUCUCAGCAUUCGAGACGAUGAUAUUGAUGUUUGCUAUCCCGGAGCUGAAAGACAUGCUGAUUCACCCCGUCAGCAUGAUUUCGGCCGCCUCCAGCUAAUGGGUCAUCUUGCCAAAUUUGCCCGCAUCAGAGGGCUCAUCCUGGAGUUGCGUAACAAGUCCAUUUUGCAUAGCCAUGCUGGCACGGUCGAGGCAUCACAUGUCAAUGGUGAACUGUCUCAAUGGUGGAAUGAAGUUUAUGAUGAUGUCAACCCAAUUGAGGACACUUCAGAGGCCAACCUUGAACAAAAUCCGGUCCUCGCUCCGUACCACCGACUUUUGCUUAUGGUUUUAAGACAGGAAGCAAUCAUCUCUAUGAACAGGCCUCUUCUCGCUGCUGAGAAACCCAACCCCGACUAUAAGAAUGCCCUACAGACAUGCAUUGGCUCUUCGCGGUCUUUGCUUGCUGCCUUGAAAAAGUAUAUGUCUUCAUCAUCUGAUGCUCCCCUGGCAUGGCCGUCUUUUACCUGGAUAACAUGGAUGGCAUGCCUCAUAUUGAUGUAUGCAUCAUGGGAAGGCGAGCUCCCUGUACCCACAGCUCUAAAGUAUGCGAGGAUGGGUACUUCUGUGCUGGAAAAUCUUGCCCUUCGAGGAAGUAGCUGGCCAGAGACAUGUAUCGAGGCGAUCAGAAGUAUGGAGUCGGCUUUGCUCUCGAAUAUUGGCUCUCAAGAAGCAUCAUCUGUCCCGCUUGCCAACGACAGGGGUCUUACACGAAAUCAAAGCGGAUCUCCGGCAGCUGUCACACCUCGUCGACCAGUGGGAGAGAAUGCAUCACUCGCCCCUUCCGAUGACCAAGGGCCACAUGCAUCUCCGCCUGCCCCAUCUUCAACUAGAGCACAAAGGAUCGGAACACCGGCAAAUCCUGCUAUGCGUAAUCCUGGAGAGCCAUCUGCCUCCGCUUUCAUCCCACAUGAUACUCAAGGCCACGCAAUCGACUUGCCCUCGUUCGAUGCGUAUUCAGUGAAUGGUCAGACCUCGGCUGGUCUUAUUUUUGGCAACAUGGCAAACCCAAAUGCCAAUUUUUACCCAGGGAAUAUAAGUCAGGAGUCUCAGCCCUUCUCCGAUGCAUCUUUCUUCAUGAAUGAUCUCUGGAGUGUGGCAGACGGCCCAUGGAUCAUUGAUGGCAAUCUACUAUAA